GCUAAAUGACGGCCGUGUGUUGCAAUGAGAGAGCGUCUUUGUGUGUUGUCAAGGUAUAUAAGACAUUUCUGCCGCAAUUUCUUUCUUUGGAAUAAUGUCGGCUGAUUGUGAACAUAGAGACAAUGGCCCAGAGGGCAUGGAGCCAGAUGGAAUCAUUGAGAGCAACUGGAAUGAGAUCGUGGACAGUUUCGAUGACAUGCACCUGUGCGAGGCUCUGCUUAGGGGAAUUUAUGCCUAUGGAUUUGAGAAGCCUUCCGCUAUCCAGCAGAGAGCCAUUAUGCCUUGUAUCAAGUGUUAUGAUGUGAUUGCCCAAGCCCAGUCUGGCACUGGUAAGACUGCCACCUUUGCCAUUUCCAUCCUUCAGCAGAUUGAUGUGGAGCUUAAAUGCACCCAGGCUCUGGUCCUGGCUCCUACCAGGGAGCUGGCUCAGCAGAUUCAGAAGGUAGUGCUGGCCCUGGGUGACUACAUGGGUGCCAAUUGCUAUGCCUGUAUCGGAGGGACCAACAUUCGCAGUGAAGUCCAGAAGCUGCAGGCUGAAGCCCCUCACAUUGUGGUGGGAACCCCUGGCCGUGUCUUCGACAUGUUAACUCGUAAAAACCUGGCUUCAAAGAACAUCAAAAUGUUCGUGUUGGAUGAGGCUGAUGAGAUGCUUAGUCGAGGAUUCAAGGACCAGAUCUAUGAGAUUUUCCAGAAACUUUCAAGCAACACACAGGUUGUCCUUCUGUCGGCCACCAUGCCAACAGACGUGUUGGAGGUCACAAAGAAAUUCAUGCGUGAGCCUGUCCGCAUCCUGGUGAAGAAAGAGGAACUGACCCUUGAGGGUAUCCGCCAGUUCUACAUCAAUGUGGAGAAAGAGGAGUGGAAGCUGGACACGCUGUGUGACCUGUACGAAACCCUGACCAUCACACAAGCUGUCAUCUUCAUCAACACAAGGAGGAAAGUAGACUGGCUCACUGAGAAGAUGCAUGCCAGAGACUUCACUGUGUCUGCUCUGCACGGUGACAUGGACCAGAAAGAGAGAGACUUGAUCAUGAGGGAGUUCCGCUCCGGCUCCAGUCGAGUCCUCAUUACCACUGACCUGCUGGCCAGAGGUAUUGAUGUCCAGCAAGUGUCCCUAGUCAUCAACUAUGACCUGCCAACCAACAGGGAAAACUACAUUCACAGGAUUGGACGAGGAGGUCGUUUCGGCAGGAAGGGAGUAGCCAUCAACAUGGUGACUGAGGAUGACAAGCGAACCCUAAGGGACAUUGAGACGUUCUACAACACCACCGUCGAGGAGAUGCCCAUGAAUGUGGCUGAUCUGAUCUAGAAGAGUUCACGUGCCCUCUGCCCCCCCCCCUGCUUAUUUUAGAAAUUGAACCUCAUUACUUUAUGAUCUGAGUCAUGACUACACAUUCUACAGGAAGGACGAUUGCAGUUGUUCUUCAUAACCUUUUGAAAUAGUUUUGGCCAUAGGAAGGAUGAAUUGCUGACCAACUUCAUCUGCUCUUCAUAGUGUUACUCUAUAUCGCCACCUAAAUACUUCAAGCAUUAAUUCGAACAUUUCCACGUUGAAGUUUUGCAAAAUGAGUUAUUUGGAACUGGUUCCCACUAGUGCAAAACAAGUGCAUUCUUAAAGGAUCCUCGCUCUGACUGUUGGCAAGUUUAACAUUAAGUGAAUGACGUGUCUCAAUUGGUAACUUUCGCAGUGAAGACUUUUAGAAGCUUUUGUCAAAUGUUGCUGUGGGUUGCAGCCUGACAUCACCACCAGGUCCUGCACUGGUAGUCACUUGUAGACUGGUGGUUUAGACUGUAACUUGGUUUGGACUUGACACAUUGAUCUAAAUGAAAUGCUCUAUUUGACCAAAUCAGUAUUCGAACAAGCUUCAGUGUACUUAAAAAGCAUCCAUGGUCAUGUUAAGAACAGGUUUUUUGGGGGGGUUCUAGAGUACACAGGGCAUAUUCAAUAAAAAGACCUGUAUAGUAAAAUCAUUCAUGAAUGAGUUGUUUACCAUUUUGAUCCUUUUAAUGCUGUUUCAUGGCUGUAUUUUUUUGUUUUGAUUUUUUUAUUUUUUUUUUUUGCUAUUGUACAUAAUGCUUGACUUGUACAGUCACUUGUCCAGUAGCAUUCAGUUGAAGACUGAAGACCACAAGUGUUUGGAAGCAAAAACAACGGUGAGUUCUGUGGACACAGUCUUGUUGGAUUUCCAUCUCUUAACUCCAUCACAACAUUGUUUAUUUAGGGUUUAUUUUGCUACAGAAUUCGAUUUUCGAUGGAGGUGACAGUCAAUUUUUGUAACCUACCUUGCUGAAACGGGGGGCAGGCUUGGGUUUCUGAAAUGAAGGACCAAACUACCCAUGAUUGAGUGUAUGGAGAUUUUGCUCCCUCCCUCUUCUACGCUCAUUAAAAUGCCUGUCAUCAUGGGGUGUGGUGUCUGGUUUAGGAGAAGCAUUGUGUUCUGGGGGUGUACGGUCAGUGCUAUUUUUUAAAAUGAAUAUAUGGAGUUGUUAACCUUUUUGAGACAGAAACAGUGUAUUAAGUUUUUUUACAUUGGAUUCUGUAUAGUAUUUAUUUUAAUGGUCUUAAAAAUAAAGGUUUCUCCUUAACAGUGUAAACUGGCCUCUGCAUUGUUGAAUAGCAUGAAAGCUCUUUGGGCCAAAUCUUGUGUGGAAAGGUUGGUAGCCAAGUUAUUGGUUUGUCACGAUCUUAAUGGUGACCAAAGCACUGGCUCUAGGUUGUAUUUGUGCUUGAUGCCUGCUGCUCUGAUGGCUUUAGCAUUACAGUUGGUUCAACUGCUGAUUUUGACAGGCUAGCAACUGGACCCACUGUAAUAAACGAGGUUUAUGUUAGUUGGAGCAAGUCUGAUUUGUCAACUGUUAGAACGUGUCAGGUUCUACUAUGGCAGCCAAGAAGAGAAAUGUGAGUCCGGCUCACCAACACUGGAUUGUGGAAGACUGAAAACAGCCUGUGCCUGAAGAAUCCGGAUUUCUGGUGAGGCUGCAGAUGGACGUCGCAGUCUGGAGUCAACAGCUCAAAUCCAUGGAGCCAUCCUGUCUUGUGUUUGAUUGUGCGGAAUGUUUUCUUGAUAAACACUUAUCCUCAACACCAGGAUAAAAACUCUU